UUGAUCGCUAUAUAUGACGAGCAGGAGCCCCAUCAUGGAGGCGACGGCACCAGCGCCAGCUCCACGGGGACCCAGAGCCCCGACCUGUUCGCUGCAGACCUCAGCGCCGGCAGCGGAGCCUCGGCCUUCCAGCCCUACCAGGCCGCCAGUGAGAUCGAGGUGACGCCUUCGGCCCUGCGCACCAAUAUGCCCCUCCACGUCCGGCGCAGCAGCGACCCCGCUCUGCUCACCAUCAACGGGCCGUUCAGCGGCGGCGAUUCACGAGUUCAAGCCGAAGACACACCGUCGAGGAAGAACCCGACCCGCUGGUCCACCACCGCUGGCUUCCUGAAAGUUCGCCACUCCUCAGGCACAAACAGCCUGGAGAGGAAGGGUAAAGGUAUGGACACGUACCGCAGCCUGCCACGGGAUGCAGGAACCUGGGCCAAUCAGAGGGAGUUUCAGAGAGAGACGGCCCGCUCAUCACUCAGCGCCAAUCACCCCAUGGUGGACCGCUGGCUGGAGAGACAGGAGCAGGAGGACGAGGCCAGAGAAGAAGAGAACGGACGGAUCGAGCCAGUUGGCCGGGCUGACUCGUGCAUGGACCACACUCCUGUGAGGUCGCUAGAAGACAUUGUCAAACUGGUGGAGGUGUCAAACGACGGCGGGCCCCUGGGAAUCCACGUGGUGCCUUUCAGUGGCAGGGACCGCAGGACUCUUGGCUUGUUGGUCAAGCGUCUGGAGAGGGGAGGCAAGGCCGAGCAGCAGGGCCUCUUCCAGGAGAACGACUGCAUCGUCCGUAUCAAUAACGGAGACCUGCGAAACAUCCGAUUCGAACAAGCCCAGAAUAUGUUCCGUCAAGCCAUGCGCUCCCCCGUCAUCAUGUUCCACGUGGUUCCGUCGUCGAUGAAGGCCCACUACGAGCAGCUGUCCCACGCCGAGAGAAACCCGGCAUAUGCCUCGGGCCGGUUCAGCCCGGACUCCCUCAGUGGCAGCACCGUGUCCGGCAUCGACCACACGCCGCAAAGAAUGUCCCGGCACGGUUCCCAAACGCACCCACACUCCCAUCCGCACCCUCAUCCCCAUCCUUACCCCGAGCCGGCUGAUGGUUACCCGCCUUUAACACAUCCUGCGGUGUCUGCAGCCAAACCUCCGACAGGCCACACCCACUCGCCUCAGAGGGGAGUAAACUCCACCCAAAGUGGGGGAUAUACGAAAAAAGUUGGCAGGAGGCUCAACAUCCAGCUAAAGAAAGGCCCUGAGGGACUCGGCUUCAGUAUAACAUCACGAGAUGUUCCCAUCGGAGGUACAGCACCCAUCUACGUGAAGAACAUUCUGCCGCGGGGAGCUGCCAUCCAGGAUGGCCGCCUCAAGGCAGGAGACAGGUUGCUAGAGGUGAAUGGGGUGGACCUGAACGGGCGAACCCAGGAGGAGGUGGUGUCUCUGCUCAGGGCUACACCCAUGGGUGGGGCCGUGGGGUUGCUGGUUCUACGCCAGGAGGAUGCCUUCCUCCCCCGAGAAGUGAACGCUGAGCCCCAGACGCAAUGCCCCAGAGAUUUGCAUCCACGGCAGCCCGUGACAGCCGGGAAACCCCACUGGCUGAUUGAGAAGAGCGAGGAGGAUGAGUUGGUCCUGACUCCAGACGGCACCAGAGAGUUUCUGACCUUUGAGAUUCCUCUCAGUGACUCAGGUUCAGCAGGUUUGGGCGUCAGCGUCAAAGGCAACCGCUCCAAGGAAAACCAUGCAGAUCUGGGCAUCUUCGUCAAAUCCAUCAUAAAUGGAGGAGCAGCCUGCAAGGACGGGCGGCUGCGAGUGAACGACCAGUUGAUUGCUGUGAACGGAGAGUCGCUGUUGGGCAAAACCAACCAGGACGCCAUGGAGACGCUACGCAAGUCCAUGUCGACGGAGGGCAACAAGCGCGGGAUGAUCCAGCUCAUUGUGGCCAGACGAGUGGCCAAAAGAAACGAGGAGACGCCGGGGAGCCCACUGGGACCCCAGCAGACUAUCAACACCUCCCUGGAUGACCAUGAGCGCAGAAUCUCCCAUUCCCUGUACGGUGGCCUGGAGGGCCUCGACGACAACUUGAUGCCACGGCAAGGCAUGAUGCCACGAACAAUAGGAAACUACCAGCUGUCUCCGACGGUCAACAUGCCGCAAGACGACACCGUCAUCAUCGAGGACGACCGGCCGCCACUGCUGCCGCCGCACCUCUCCGACCAGUCGUCGUCCAGCUCCCACGACGACGUCGGCUUCGCGGCCGACGUGACUCCGCCGUGGGCCAAGGAGCCGCCGACUCCCAUCGACAGCGCCCUGCCUACAGAUGAAAACAAUCCGGACGGUGCUUUCCAGAGGGAAGGUUUUGGACGCCAGAGCAUGUCGGAGAAACGCACCAAGCAGUUCGGAGACGCCGCACAGCUUGAGAUCAUUAAGACACGCAAGUCCAAGAGCAUGGAUUUAGUAGCCGACGAGAUUAACCUCACCCCUCGUCCUGAGACCAACACAGGUUCUUCCACCAAGGAUGUGGGACCAUCGCUGGGCCUGAAGAAGUCCAGCUCCCUGGAAAGCCUCCAGACGGCAGUAGCGGAGGUGACCCUCAACGGGGAUCUGCCGUUCCACAGGCCUCGCCCUCGAAUCAUCAGGGGCCGGGGCUGCAAUGAGAGCUUCAGAGCAGCCAUCGACAAAUCCUACGACCGACCGGCUGCCACGGAAGAAGACGACGAGGGCAUGGAGACAUUGGAGGAGGACACAGAGGAAAGUUCACGGUCGGGGAGAGACUCAGUGUCCACCAUGGCGGACCAGACGCCACUGUCCGGCACAGACAAGCCGCUGGUCAACGGCACCAACCGCACCAAAGAGGAGAAGAAGAAGGACAAGGACAAGGGAGGGAAGGAGAAGAAGAAGCCAGAGGCAGGGAAGGACAAGGACAAGGACAAGGGAAAACCCAAGAAGGGCAUGCUGAAGGGACUCGGAGACAUGUUCAGGUAG